AUGAAUUAUAAUUAUAAAUAUCUCAUACAAUCGCCCAAAAAGCAAAAUCAACCCAAGAUCAGUCUUAAAUAUAGUACAGCAAUAAAUUUAGAUCAUAUUCCAAAAUUUAAAUAAAGAUCCCCAAGAAAUUUAGCAAGAUAAAUAACAAAUAUUAGUCCAACAAUUCCAUUUAAUAGCUCUAAAAACAAAAAAACUGUUGAAACCAAAAGCCGAUCCCCAUCAUUAGAAUCGAAUUGGUUUAACAUUAAAAAAAUAAAAAAGAAAAUUGAUCCUUUUGAAAAUCUAAAUUAUGGACACCCUAAAAUAUUUCAGAAAUUAUCUCCAGAUUAAAUGAUUCCAACAUAAUUGUCUACACCAGUUACAGCUAAAGUUCAAAAAAGAAUAGUAAUUAAAAAGAAAACUGAGCCUGCUCGUAUAGCUAGAUCAAAUACUCAAUACUCAAUAAGCAGAUAAGAAAUAAAAAAUAACACAUCUUCAUCAAGAAUAAUUUAGAAAAGAGAAAAUAAAAAAGAACCAUCAGGAGAAUUGAAGGGAUGGCAAGGUUGGUAUGUCUAACAUUUUGAUGAUUUUAUAUGA